CCACACCCGCCUCAGCCACGGACGCACCUGCGCAAAAUGAAAACAAAAAAACGGAGUAGUCUUCUCCUGCGCGUGCGCCGCGCCCGGGGGCGGGGCCGAGCGGCGCCGCUGUGCGCAGGCGCAGCCGUCGGUGGGUCGGGGCUCGGUUGUCUCGCAGAUCCUGAACCUCGGGCGUCUCCCCCUCCCGUCUCAAGAUGGAUAACAAGAAGCGCCUGGCCUACGCCAUCAUCCAGUUCCUGCAUGACCAGCUCCGGCACGGGGGGCUCUCUUCGGAUGCCCAGGAGAGCUUAGAAGUUGCCAUCCAGUGCCUGGAGACCGCCUUCGGGGUGACGGUGGAGGACAGUGGCCUGGCACUUCCCCAGACUCUGCCAGAAAUAUUUGAAGCAGCCGCCACAGGCAAGGAGAUGCCACAGGACCUGAGGAGCCCUGAGCGGACCCCGCCCUCCGAGGAGGACUCGGCAGAGGCAGAGCGCCUCAAAACCGAAGGGAAUGAGCAGAUGAAGGUGGAGAACUUCGAGGCCGCCGUGCGUCUCUACGGGAAGGCCAUUGAGCUCAACCCCGCCAACGCCGUCUACUUCUGCAACAGAGCCGCAGCCUACAGCAAGCUGGGGAACUACGCGGGAGCCGUGCAGGACUGCGAGAGGGCCAUCUGCAUAGACCCGGCCUACAGCAAAGCCUACGGCCGCAUGGGCCUGGCGCUCUCCAGCUUGAACAAGCACACCGAGGCCGUGGCCUACUACAAGAAGGCCCUGGAGCUGGACCCCGACAACGAGACCUACAAGUCCAACCUCAAGAUAGCGGAGCUGAAGCUGCGGGAGGCCCCGAGUCCUACAGGAAGUGUGGGCAGCUUCGACAUCACUAGCAUGCUGACCAACCCAAGCUUCGUGAGCAUGGCGUCAAACCUCAUGAACAACCCGCAAGUUCAGCAGCUUGUGUCCGGGAUGAUCUCCAGCAGCCACAACCCCCUGGGGACGCCCGGCACCAGCCCCUUGCAGAACGACCUGGCCACCCUCAUCCAGGCGGGCCAGCAGUUCGCGCAGCAGAUGCAGCAGCAGAACCCGGAGUUGAUUGAGCAGCUCCGGAGUCAGAUGCGCAGUCGGACCCCCAGUGCCAGCAACGACGACCAGCAGGAGUGACCGGCAGCUGUCCUGGCCGUCCUGCUCUGCCCGCCAGCUGUGGCCCCCGUGUGGUUGGCCACUUUUUCCCGUCGGGCUGCCCAAGAGAGGGAAAGAAACUGAAGUUGGACCUGCACGUUGAGAGACUUUGUUCCGCCCGCCCCGUCCGCCCUGUCCCGUCCCGUCCCAUGUCCCGUCCGUCCCCAGCCUCCCCGCCCCCGCCCCCCAGCCCCAGCCCUGCAGAGCCCAGUCAGGCACCGCAGAGUUCUCUAGAACUCCUGGGCCGCUCUGGAGACGCGACAGUGUGCUGUUGGGCCUCAUGGCAACCCUGUGGCCUUGGGAGCCCUCUGCAGCCCUGCCCCGUCCUCCGUCUCCAAGGACCCGCAGAGUUACCUCUGGCUGUCCUGCUGGCACUGUGCCAGGAAGAACUCACUGCCAGCCCCGCCCGUGCUGCGUCCUGGUGCCGCGUCCCAGCAGCCCAGAAGGCGUGCCCCAGGGAGGGACUCCAGCCCAGCGCCCAGCGGGCAGCUCCUACGUCCCGUACCCCUUGGCCAGUUUGUCCUGUGCACAGGACCCAGCUCUGUGACUCUUGUGCUGGGUGCGUGGAUGGACGUCUGUCUGCCUCCCACCUGCCCUCUUCCACGCCCCGGGGACAGACAGUCAUGACCUCCUGUCCAGCUGGGCUCCAUGCUUAGCCCUGCACAGAGGUUGACUAGGACAUCUUGGCCCGUCUGUGUCCCCUCCCACUGUCCUCAUGCCCUCUGGGGUCCUCAACACCCCCACCUUGGCCCUGAAGCAGCUUCAGGAGCGACACCCAGGAGGGGAGGCAGGAGCAGGGCCCCUUGGACACCCUGCGACCCUGCCCAGCUGCAGGGCAGGCUCGGCUCCACCAGAGGGUGGCAUCUUGCAGUUGGAGCCCAGGCGCCCUGGGUGUGGGCUGCGUGCCAGGGGGCAGCGUGUAUGUGUGUGUAGGUAGCCAGUAGGAAGAAGGGCGGCGGCCGGCCCCCGGCGCCCCUCAGGCGGCCCAGCGGACAGCCAGCCGUGUGGAGAAUAAAGAGACCUUGUGGCUUU